AUAGCAUUGUAGUAGUACAGUUUAGGCCUCUCAUUGGAAGAAACCAGCGAAACGAGCUUACACAGCAAUAUGAGCUACACUGGAAGCACGAGAGGGCAACAAAAAAGUCCAGAAUCUGGCCAUGGAAUAGAUUGGUUGGAUGGCCUAGUUGACUGGCUGACCGACACAGUGGAAAGUGUUGGAGACAAUUCUCGUUGCACUGUUGGGAUAUCGACGCUGUUGGGAAGGCUCUCUGAUUGGCUGAGAUGUGUGGCAAGUGGUGGCUUACUGGUCAAUGGAGACGUCACAACUACAUCUUGUGAUGAAAAAGUUGAGGACAACCAGGGCCAUGGUUUUGGGUCAAGAAAUCAAAAAGAAACUGUGAGAAUACAAAAUGCAGAAUAUGAAGUGAUGCAGUGCACAGAAUGCCUGGAAGUUCUUGCAAUGCAGUUGCAAUAUUUGCUGUUUCCAAAGUUAACCAGACAGAUUGAAGCAACAGUCCAUUCAUUUCUGCGAGAUAAAGAGUUCAGUUCAAGCAAUCUCUUCCAUGUAGUAACAGAAGAAAUCCUUGUGUGUCUUCAUCUUAAAGUGUCCCACAGAUGGAAAUCAAUCGCUCGAUUUCUUUCUCUAAAAGAUUAUAAAAUUGAUAAAAUAGCUAACGAAUACAAGCAGGAUGGUCAACACGAGCAGACAUUCAAAAUGCUCUAUACUUGGAUGAUGGAAAACGGACGGAAUGCUAAUUUACCAGCUCUGCUGGGCACUCAUUCAAGUGUGUGA